GUCGAAUUAAAAGUAGUAAUAAAAUUAUUGAGGUUGCGCCAACGGUAUUGAAGGUUGGAUUCUUAGCCAAACAUAGUUGCCUUAAAAAAUAUCGAGUUCAAAGAUCAAACCCAAGCCUUGACCCUUGAUUUACCCAUUCACUUUAAUUUCCUUUCCUUUUAGAGUAUAGCUUGAAUUGGAGAUUUGAUUUGACCAGUGAGGAAAACAAGGAGAAAAUGGAGAAAAUCAAACUGGUUGAAUGGGGUGAGAAGUUGAAAACGAGUGGAGCUCAAAUUAGUAAAAUGUUUAGUGGGAAAAUGAAGGAAAUUCUACAAGGCCCAACACCGGAAUCGAUGGUGGAUCAAGCCACAUUUGAGACCUUGGAAGAAGCCAACUGGGGAAUGAACAUGAGGAUAUGUUCUAUGAUCAAUAGUGAAGAGUUGAACGGAACCGAAAUUGUUAGGGCCAUAAAAAGCAAGAUAUCCGGGAAAAAUGUUGCGAGCCAAAGGUUGAGUCUUGACUUGCUUGAAGCUUGUACGAUCAAUUGCGCGAAGGUAGCUUCCAAAGUGGUCUCGGAGAAAGUGUUGGAAGAGAUGGUUAAGAUGAUUGAGAAUCCGGUCACUCAUCAUGGCGAUAGAAAAAGUGCUUUGCAGUUGAUUCGUGCUUGGGGACAGUCCGAGGAUCUUGCUUACCUGCCUGUGUUUCGCCAAACUUAUCUGAACUUGGAAGAAAGUUCACACCAGCCGGUAGACAAUGGGAACUCACCUCACUUGCACCAUACCUUGGAGUCUUAUAUAGGAGAGCCAUUGGCUCCCUCUGAAAAUUAUCCUAUCAAUGGCACAGGAUUGCAUGGCAGUGAUUUUGCCUGUAAUUAUGGAAGGCUAUCGCUUGAACAUAAGAAGGAACUUUUCAAAGUAACACGGAACAGCCUUGAGGUACUCUCUAGCAUGCUGAGCAAGGAAACACAGCCAAAACCCACGAAGGACAAGCUGACAGAGAGCAUGUUGGAAAUGUGUAAGCAGUCACAGCUUGUUAUUCUGAUGAUCAUAGAAAGCACUACUGAUAAUGAUGGAAUCCUGUUUGAAGCACUGAAUUUGAAUGAUGAGCUUCAGCAGUUAAUUUCCAAAUUUGAGGAACUGGAAGCUGGUUCAAAGUCCAGAACACAGCCUAAGGGGAACUCUAGAACCAAGACGAGCACUUCCCCCUCGAUCAAUAAUGAACGCAAGAUGAGCGCUUCAGCAAAUGAUGCUGAAUCCUGUUAGUGAAUGUAACUAAUAACUAGUUUUCAGUUAAGUUGUUAGUUUCUGGUAUAAGCUGUUUGCUUAGCCUAUCAUUACUUAAUUGUUGUAAUUGGUUAAACAAUUAGUUAAUCAGUUAGUAUGUUAGUCCUAUUCACUAUACAACUCCUUUGUAUAAAAUUUUGGAAAUAAUCCAGUUUAAAAAGGGUUUUUCUGUCAUAGCAAUAAACAUUUCCUGAAA